CAGAGGAAAUAUAUACAUAAAACGGUCAUUAAAACUAGGUCGCAUUACCUUGGACCGCAUCGUUGCAUGGUACAGACUCACGGUGCAUUUUUUCAUAUAAAAGCAGCUGGUGAAACAUCAAACCGCGACAGAAUCAAACAAACUCCAAAAUGAACAAGAUCAUCAUCACUCUAGCCCUCUUGAUCGCUGUGACCGUGGCCGUGCCACAAGGAAGAAGAUUUGGCGGCGGUAGCUUUGGACGUCCCGUUGUGGGCCUCCGCCCCAUUGGUGGUUUCGGUGUAGGAGGAUUAGGUGGAUUUGGAGGCAGUGGAAGCGGUGCUGGUGCUGGAACAGGAUCUGCUGGAUUUGGAGGAGUUUCGGCUUCAGGAGUCGGCAUUUCAAGCGCCCAGAACGGUGGAUUCGGCUCAGGCAGUGGAAGUGGAGCUGCUGGAUCCAGCCUUUUCACCGGCCAGAACUUCGCCACUGGUACCGGUAGCGGACAAAGCUUCGGCAAAUAAUUUCUCCAAUGUACUACAUACUUCCUAGCUGACGAAUAUUUGCAUGUCUUGUAAAAUACUUUUCGACAAUAAAUUUAUUGAAUACCAUA